AUGAACUCAUUCGUUUUCUCCUUGUUGCUCGUCGUCGUUGUUUUGUGUGCACUUUCAACAGCAUCACCACUCAUCUACAGACCACAGGUUUGUUUGGGGAUUUAGGAUAGGAGGACGAGAGUUAUCCCAAUUUGAAAGCAUAACAUUGAGCUUUAAUAGGCGUAGCUCCGAAACACAUUUGCUUAAACCUAGCCUAGAUUUGCUGUCGCUGUCCGAAAAAUACCAAAGAUCUUGCGGAUACUAGUAGGGCUAUGUGUAAGAGAGAGCUUAGGGGAAAGUUUUGAUAGAUAACCACACGAGAUUUUACGGACCUGUCCAAAUCCGUUUAUAAUCCAUGGUCUUGAGCAAACUCUGUUCUCGAGAAUUGUUCAUUCCGCUCUCGCAUUUUUCCCAAAAUCUUGAUUUUUCCACGGACUUAUUUGUUUUUUUCUCAAAAAUUUAUAACAGAAUUUUAAUUAAAAACAAAAAAUUAUCCAUCUAUAUUUUUGCCGACCUUUAUGCUUUCAUGGUUUCUUGUCAUUAAAAACUAGUCAUCUAUUUUUCGUGAUGAUUAUAAAUUGGCCUCAUUUUUCCUUGCUCUCGCUUCUAACUUUUUGCCUCUCGAAAGUUCAAACGUGCGAUAAUAGACUAAUAAAUACGGAUGGCUGCGCUUUCAAAUUAACUUCGUAUAGUCAUAUUUAAUUAAAACAGAACUGAAUUGACUUCAGUAGUUCCAUUUUUUUAGUUCUAGAUGAGUAAACUGUGACGUUUCAAGUUGUGGCCGAAAGGAAAAAAUGCGGGGAGAUUCAAUUUUUAGUCAGUCAUAUCCGCUGGGAAUUUGUGUUAUUCUGAUUCUAGAGAAAAAUAUUUUUACUUGUAUAGUGGUUUUUGUUGCAGUUAUACGAUGAUGUUCAAUAUGUUAAAAGAAGUAAUGCUGAAUUGAUCAAUGGAUUAAUUGGAAUGGAUCUCGGAAAAUUGUCGGCUGUCGGAAAACGGUUUGUACUUUACUUCUUUUAAAUUAUAUACUAUUCAAUCAGAAAACUUUUUUUGUCCUUUCGAAUACUCACAAAUUCUUGCUUCUUCUCCCUGUGCGAAGCUUCAGAACAUUGAACUCUGAUUCUUGUUGGGGUAACAAAAAGAUUUUGACAGACGAAAAUAUUUCCCACCGGGAUAAAAAACUAUUUUCGAUAUAAAGCCUUCCGCCUUCUAUUUUUGUUCUAAUUAAUUGUUUUUGAUACAGAUCAAACGCUGAAUUGAUCAACGGACUCUUGGGAAUGAAUCUCAACAAGUUGAGCAGCGCUGGACGACGAUAA